UCCGACAGCUUCAUGCUCGGCGCAGGAAUGGUUCUCAUACAGGAAAACACGCACAAGAUCGUCGUUGUCUACGACUCGCGCCACAAGAAGUGGUUCUUCCCGAGGGGUAGGAAAGAUGUAGGGGAAAGUGUCGAACAGGCGGCGUUGAGAGAGGCUUACGAGGAGGUAUGUGAUCUACCAAGGUUUCGAGUGGUAUCUCUCGCUCAAUGUUGGAAAUUCAGUCAGGCUACGAGCCAUAUCUUUUCC